UAUAAACUUGGCUUUUUAUGAGGAUGUCAUUGUAAGAUUUUGGGUCAUGGUAAUUUUCCACUUGUACUUUUUAAAUAGAAGUUUAUGGCCAUAGUGUUGUUUUCUUAUCAUUUAUGAAGACAGAAAUCUUCAGAAGGAAUCCUGUUGGUGUGGUAACCUUUUAUACAUAUAUACAUAUGACCUCCUGGGAGCCAACCAAUGCAACACAUCCGCUGUUCAUAGGACAAUAUGAGAUCUCGACUGAACCAUUAAUAGAAGCGCCUAAAAAUAUGUAUAUGACAUCUAGAAUGAAAUGUGGAGAAGGAACAAUACAUACUGUGAACCCUGCCAAAAGAUUUACCAGGAUAUAUCUGGAUCCAAGUAAAGCGGCUUUACAUCAUUUCCGGCCAUGUAGAUCAUUUUGGUUAAAGCCCUUCCCAGCAAAGAUUUUUAGAAAUGGAACUGUAACUGAAGAUAAGCUAACAUGCAGCACGUUUUCAAGGGUUCUUCCUUUAGUUAUGCAGGGACAGUAUGUUGAACAGAUUGGAAGAAUGGUCCAGCGAGUGUAUUCAAGACUAGGAAUUUGAAUUCAAAUGUGGUUAUUUAUUGUAUGUGAUAUUAAUAAAAAUAAUUUAGACUAUUUUAUAAAAGAGUAUAAUUAUUACUGUUUCAAACAAUAUAAUUACUGUAAUACAUGUAUCUGUAUGAAAACUGUUGUAUGUUACUUAUGUUAUCUGUUCUAAACUCUUAUAGAAGUACUCUCUCUUUUUUUUUAAUUUGUAUUUUGUUGCGGCUAUGGUUAUACAUAAUUUAUUUCACGUUUUUCAGUGAAUUAUAGAGUUUUCUCAGUGAAAUAAAAGUGAUAAUCCACAGUUUUGAAACAGUAGAUUAUCAUUUUUAUUUUUCACUGUUUUUGCCGAACUAGUUCCGGUCCUCCGUCGCGAUUGAAGUCAAAUUGUAUACCGAGCGUUAUGAAUACCGGGAACCAUAAUGACAAUGACGUCGUUAAAAUGACGUCAUUAGUGUUAUGCUUUUUGUUGAUCUUUCCCGCGAUUUUCGACAUUUUAUAAAUUACGCAACAAAAGUAAAGUUUUACACAUGAAAUAAAAAGAAAAUUUGUUUGUGUCAGUGAAAUAUCAAUUUUAUUUCACUCGUGAGCACCAAAAAAAAGUCAUUUUCACUCGUGGCUACGCCACUCGUGAAAAUAUCAGUUUUUGAUGCUCACUUGUGAAAUAAAAUUGAUAUUUCACUGAAACAAACAAAUAUCCUCUAUAGCAUUGCUUUCUUUUGAACACAAUGAUAACAUAACAAUAUGGAGCACAAAUUUUUCAUUGUGAUUUUGCAUUCUUACAUAUUAGAAAAUUCACUGUUAAUAAAAUUGUGAAUAGCUAUAUAUAAUUAUUUAGAACUUAUAUUAUAUUACAUCACUUUUGAAAACGAUAUAGAGGACAUUUGUUUGCUUCAGUGUAAGAUCGAAAUAUAUUUCACCGAGUGAACAUUAUAAUGCAAUAUUUUCACGAGUGGCGCAGCCACAAGUAAAAAUGUAAAUUAUGAUGUUCACGAGUGAAAUAUAUUUCGAUCUUACACUAAAACAAACAAAUUUUCUAUUUAUUUUAUGCAUUUUAAAAGGUGUUAACCAAAUUAUAUUCAGUUUGUCCGCGCAACGUCACGUGCAUCGCAUCAUAACGUCAUAAUGUCGUGACGUCAGGAUGUCUAAAAUUGUAGAAAAACUAUAAAUAGUUCUAUUACGUUUCCUGAUUUCUUUUACAUUUCACUAUGAUAAACUGUAAAGAUUUAUGAUCCUUUUAUUAUUUUCAUACAUCUUUACCUUUACUGAAGAAUAUUUUUCUAUCAUUUAUAAUUCAUAUUAUUUCGCAUUCAAAUGUAGUUCCGCACCAGUGAAAAAUAAAAAUGAUAUUUUCACUGUUUGAAACAGUGAAAAUAUCAAUUUUAUUUCACUGCUAAAUUUCAUUAUUUCACAGAAGAGCAUAAAAUAAAAUGCUUUCCACAUGU